UUGGAAGUAGAGUAAAUAUAGCAUCUAUAUUAAUGCCUCCGUAGAGCAGAUCAUCGGUGUUCAACGUCGACCGCGACUCAUCGUUGCGCCAAGGCUUGGAUUCCGCAUCUCAACUCCGGGCGCAGUUCAACGACUUGCUCGUAGCAUUGAUCCAGGACUGCCUUACCAACAACUACUAACGACUACAACCCAUAUCUGCGCACAAUUCACGAUAAUCGCUGUAUCGCCGGAGAGAUCAUUGGCCGGCGGCCUCAAACACUCGGCAUGAAUCGACAAGGACAACCGCGUCCACUUCCAGCAGUGAAUAACAACAGCAACAACACCCAAACGCCCCAACCGCGAACGGCUAGCAAUGGGAGAAUGCUCACGAAUAAAACUGGCUCGUGGGCGCAACCCAGUGUUUCAACCGCUUCAAACACGGGACAUCCAGCGAGGGAAUCCCUCCCUCCUGAGAACUGGGCACAAGCCAUGAAUUCUAGAACAAACAAUCAACUCGAUCUUUCGGCCUCCUCCUUUCCUAGUCUAAACAAUGCUGGUUUGCAUUCGCAGUCGCACAAUGUCGGCUCCAGUGCGUGGCAGACCGGUCCGCCGCAGAACGAACAGAGUCAGCGGCAGCAAUUGCAACCUGCGCGUUCGCAUGCGCCGUCGCGGCAACAGCAGCAGCAGCAACAGCAACAACAGCCAGCGAGCAGCAAUCGUGAGGGGCUGUAUCCGACCGACACUUAUUCACGAAAUGCGCCCAUGGAAUUUCCCACCGAAUCAUCACAGACCCUACGUCGAACAAAUCAGAUAUCUAGCGGACCGCCAGGGUUGGUGCAGCGACCGCAGAAUCAACAAAAUGAUGGUGUCUCCCGUGAUUUGAGCAGAGUAACGUCUCCUUCGGGUCAGACACAAACAUCUCGGUCACCAAUUCCACAGAGUCUGAACGCGGCGAUAGGGCAGGAUAGGCUCUUAAGCCAGGAUAUCAGACCCCAAGCCAAGGACUACCCGCAAGAUUCCCCGUCACAAUCAGUCGCACUGCAGUCCAGGGACCUUUUCUCCGACCGAGACUCGGGUACGAGACCAGAACAGUCUAUGGAAGCCAUUUUUGCAGGCAUGUCAGAGCGAGAAAAAUUUGGAAUGAAAGGGUACAUUGCCGAACAAGAGAAUGCCAGCCCUGCGGCUAGGAGUCUUAUGAGGGGAGUGGAUUUAACAACGCUUGGGAUCAACAUGAGUUCUCAGGAACCGCUUCUAAUGACUUACCCGGGUCCGUGGGCUGAAGCAAAUGCUCAACCGUUGCGACCGCUAGACUCGGAAUACAGCAUACCGGACUGUUACACGGUCAAAAAGAUUGCGCCUCUUGCAAGCAGGAUCAAUGGCUUUAUGGACGAAACGCUGUUCUUCAUCUUCUACACGAUGCCCCGGGACUACACACAAAUGCUGGUGGCUCAAGAACUGGUGGCGAGGAAGUGGCGGUAUCAUAUGAGGGAGAAACAGUGGCUCACCCGAGAUGAGAACUCGCCUAGUCCAGUUUUACUGGAUGAUAAGGUCAGCGAGCAAGGCUACUACAUAUGGUGGGACACCAAACUGUGGAAGAAGGUGCGACGGGUGUACACCCUGAGGUACGAAGACUUGGAGGAACAACCAAGUAUGGGAAACCGGGCCAUGCCGGCCGCAGCAAUGGGGGGAAUGGCCGGUGGUGUGAUGAACGGGGGAAUGGGCGCUGCUAACUUUAACGCUGUUCCCGGUCUGGAGAGGAUGGCGGUCAUUGGCAGAGGCUUCUGAUCCCCCAGAUGCUGCUGUUCCUCUUAUUGAUAAUUACACCUGGGUGUAAGGGACGCUGGCUAAUCCGUCCAUGAGAGCUUUGGUGCUACGAACACAACAACGAACUAUCGCAGCUCGAGAUUGUCGUGGUCUUAUGAGGUGUCUAUGCUUCAUGUAUGCGUACCGUCCUGCUGAAUGCUGAAGACCCUUUCCACACAAGAAAGGCUUGUCCUUGAUGUACUGCACAAGAUUGUACCAACUGUAUGUGCACCUUGUAUCUCUG